CGUCAAAACUGGGACAGUCGGCAGCUCUGGCUUCUGCAGCUUGAGGUGCUCCGAGUUCACACGGGUGUAGGGCUGUUUCUGAUACUCUCGGCACCGUCAUCUUCACCGGCGUGAACUAGUAAAGUUUGGACACACUUCUCCAUGGCCUGGGCAUCAGUUCCUGGCUGAGCCAUUUUCAUUUUGGCUUAAAGCCCCCGCCCAGAGGCCGAUUCGUCGCGGCGGCGGUGGAGAUCGCAGGUCGCUCAGUCUUGCAGAUGGGUCAAGGGCUGUGGAGAGUGGCCAGAAACCAGCAGCUACAACAGGAAGGCUAUAGUGAGCAAGGCUACCUCACCAGAGAGCAGAACAGGAGAAUGGCUGCAAGCAACAUUUCUAACACCAAUCAUCGUAAACAAGUCCAAGGAGGCAUUGAUAUAUAUCAUCUUUUAAAGGCAAGGAAGUCUAAAGAACAAGAAGGAUUCAUUAACUUGGAAAUGUUGCCUCCUGAGCUAAGUUUUACCAUCUUGUCCUAUCUGAAUGCAACUGACCUCUGCUUGGCUUCAUGUGUUUGGCAGGACCUUGCUAAUGAUGAACUUCUCUGGCAAGGGUUGUGCAAAUCCACUUGGGGUCACUGUUCCAUUUACAAUAAGAAUCCACCUCUAGGAUUUUCUUUUAGAAAACUGUAUAUGCAGCUAGAUGAAGGUAGCCUUACCUUUAAUGCCAACCCAGAUGAGCUACGUAUAUCAACAUAUAGCAUUCUUGUUAUUACCUCCUCUAGAGCAUUUGGAGGGGAGGCAGAGAAAAGAGCCACAGGGAACAAGAAUCUCCAAAGGACACCGUUCAUGUCACGGAUAUGGGUAACCAAACUCCACAGCAACUGCUGGCAGUGGCUCAUGGGGUGGGGGAGAACAUCUGCACAAUUUGUGGGAGUGAACUACUUUAUGUCCAAGGGUAUCCUAGAUGACUCGCCAAAGGAAAUAGCAAAGUUUAUCUUCUGUACAAGAACACUGAACUGGAAAAAGCUGAGAAUCUAUCUUGAUGAAAGGAGAGAUGUCUUGGAUGACCUUGUAACACUGCAUAAUUUUAGAAAUCAGUUCUUGCCAAAUGCACUGAGAGAAUUUUUUCGUCAUAUCCAUGCCCCUGAAGAGCGUGGAGAAUAUCUUGAAACUCUUAUAACAAAGUUCUCACAUAGGUUCUGUGCUUGUAAUCCUGAUUUAAUGCGGGAACUUGGCCUUAGUCCUGACGCUGUUUAUGUACUGUGCUACUCUUUGAUUCUACUUUCCAUUGACCUCACUAGCCCUCAUGUGAAGAAUAAGAUGUCAAAAAGAGAAUUUAUUAGAAAUACUCGUCGUGCUGCUCAAAACAUUAGUGAAGAUUUUGUAGGGCACCUUUAUGACAACAUCUACCUUAUUGGCCAUGUGGCUGCAUAAAAGCACAAUUACUAGGACUUCAACUUUCUACUUCAGACUAAAAGCUACCGAAGGACUUAUUUAGCAAAUAUGGGGGUUUCAUCAGUGCUGGCCCUUCUAGCCUCUGUAUACAAUCAAGCUUGAGUAUACAACCUCUUUUUCUUUCACUAUCUUCUUUUUUAGUAAUUUCCUUGGAGAACUAAGUAACUUUGGAGAAUUUUUCUUAAUUUUGCUUAUCAUGUUUUGCACAAAGCACAGCCAUUGUCUAACACAACUGUUGAAAGAAUGUUAAACUGACACACAUUAUACUCUAUAAGAUGGUGUAUUUGUGCAGUAGAUUUGCCUGAAAAACUUUAUCCAUUCUUUUUUAAGAUUCCACAUAAUGUGUACAUAUUUAACUAAAGAGAUUUAUAAUCAUAAUUAUUUUAUUGUAAAGAUUUUAACUAAAGUUUUUUUCCUUUUCUCUCAAACUGGGUUCUGAAAUUUAUUUGGUUCUUAUCUGAGAAUAUUGUUGUCUUUGUAAAAGUAGGAUCUGACGUCAAAUGGAAACCAAUACCAGCUAUCCUUGUCUUUGGACUUCCAAGAGUGUUGGUUUGUUACUAUAUUACUAUGCAAAACUCAUACUUACUUGUAUAAUAUAAAUUUAACAUUUGAUUCUUCAUUUUUAAAACUUCUGAGUUAGUCAGUUCUCAGUAAGUCCUUUAAACCACUUAAGUUUUAAAAAUGUGUCUGAAUUUAACAUUUACACUUAUCAGAACAGAAUACAUGUUAUUAGAACUCUAAUAAAUCUCUGCUUACUUAUAGCUGAACUAAUCACACUUUACUCCUUUCCUAAUCUUGAUAAUCUCUGUUCAAAAUUCAUUGAGAAAGGGAUAUUGUGACGAUGGUAUAUAGUCUUUGUUCAUUCAUUUAGUAAAUAUUCAUCAAGGGACUUCCAUGUGCUAAGCACUGUACUAGGUAUUAGUAAUACCUAGACAUCAGCUCUGCAUUCACAGGAGUUACAUAAUUGGAUAAACCCUACUAAAUGGAGAGCAGAUGUAUUCAGUGUGUCUUAAUUAAUAAUUAUUUAGUGGUUAAAGAGUGUUGGAUUUACACAGCAUUGGAUUGAUAGAGAAUAUUGUAUUUAUAUAGUAAGUUAAACAACAAAAGGUUUGGAGUGACAGAAUAUGAUGGUAGAGCUGCUAGCUUGAGGUAAGGGAGUUGGAGUAGAGACUUCUUAUUAGAAGUGUAGAAUCCUGGCUUCCUUUCAUAUAUGACCCUAAAUCCAUAGAGAUUUUUAAUAUUACAGCUGUAGUAGUAUACUAUAGAUUUUUAAAGGACAAAAAUAAGGUAAUCAAAUCAUUUUUAAU